AUGUCUUCCAAAUUUCCUCAACGUAAAAUUGGCGACACCCUAGUCUCUUCUUUAGGUCUAGGCUGCAUGGGAAUGUCAAUGGCCCGCUCCCAUGGCCCCCCAACCGACGAAGAAAAUUUCGCCGUCCUCACCGCAGCAGCCAACAAAGGAAUCAACUUUUGGGUAACUUCCAACAGUUACGGUCCCUUUGAAAUCGAAUCGAUGUUUGGAAGAUGGCUUGCCUCAACCGGUCGACGCAACUCAAUAUUCCUUACCACAAAAUUCGGCAUUGAAGUUACCAACGAAGGGUACAAAUUGAACUCCAAACGCGAACACGUGCGGGCAGCAUGCGAAGCAAGUUUGCAACGCUUAGGGGUACAAAGCGUUGAUAUGUAUUCCCAACAUCGAGUCGAUCCUGAUACACCGAUUGAGGAGACGAUACGUGCCAUGGUUGAACUGAAGAAUGAGGGUAAGAUCAAAUAUCUGGGAUUAUCAGAGUGCUCUGCCACCACCUUGAGAAGAGCUAGCAAGAUUCAUUAUAUGGCUGCUGUUGAGGUGGAGUUCUCUCCAUUUGCUCUGGAGAUUGAGGAUGCUAAAAUUGGGUUGUUGAGUGCGGCGAGGGAGUUGGGGACGAAGAUUAUUGCAUAUUCGCCUCUUGGAAGGGGUUUCAUGACUGAAAGCUUGAGAAAGAGAGAAGAUUUGGAUGAGAAAGACUCAAGAAGAUUCUUUCCGAGGUUUUCGGAGGAGAGUUUCGAUGGAAACUUGAGAAUCGUGGAGGUGAUCGAGGGAAUAGCGAAGGAGAAAGGGAGGUCUGUGGGGCAGUUAGGUUUAGCAUGGGUUUUGGCUCAAGGUGAUGGUCAGUUUUACCCGAUGAAUGAUGAAAUAUGCUCUAUUUCAACUCUUUGUGAAGAAAUUGAACAUAUGCUAAUCGAGUACAGAUUUCAUUCCUAUUCCAGGGACAAAACAUGUCAGAUAUUUGGAGGAAAAUCCGGAAGCUGCUUAUCUGGAGUUAUCCAGAGAAGAGGAGCAAAAUAUUCGCGCUGCCAUAGAUAGUGUGGGUGGUGCAAAGGGGGCCCGUUAUCCAGAGGCUCACUUGUCAAUGUGUUUUGGUGAUUCGGUGGAAGUUGAUGCAAAAUAG